AUGCCUCAGAAUGAGUACAUGGAGAGGUGGCGCAAGCUGCACGGCCGCCGCCUCGACCACGAAGAACGAACUCGCAAGAGGGUUGCCCGUGAGGGCCACAAGGCGUCCCAGGAUGCGCAGAAUCUGCGUGGUCUUCGGGCCAAACUGUACCAACAGAAGCGUCACAAGGAGAAGAUUCAGUUGAAAAAGACCAUCAAGGCGCACGAGGAGAGAAAUGUAAAGACCGCCGACGAAAAGGAACCGUCCACGCCUAUGCCCUCGUACCUGCUUGACCGAACGAACCCGUCGACGGCCAAGGCGCUCAGCAGUGCCAUUAAGAACAAGCGAGCCGAAAAGGCGGCCAAAUUCAACGUCCCCUUGCCCAAGGUCCGUGGUAUCAGCGAGGAGGAAAUGUUCAAGGUGGUCAAGACGGGCAAGAAGAUUCAAAAGAAGGGCUGGAAGCGCAUGGUUACCAAGCCCACGUUUGUCGGACAGGACUUUACGCGAAGAAACCCCAAGUACGAGCGUUUCAUUCGGCCCAUGGGUCUCCGUUACAAAAAGGCCAACGUCACCCACCCAGAGCUUGGCGUGACGGUCCAGCUGCCCAUUAUUAGCGUCAAGAAGAACCCUCAAAACCCCAUCUACACCCAGCUGGGCGUUUUGACCAAGGGUACCGUCAUCGAAGUCAAUGUGAGCGAGCUGGGGUUGGUGACUGCUGGUGGAAAGGUUGUUUGGGGUCGAUAUGCGCAGGUCACCAACAAUCCAGAGAAUGAGGGGUGCAUUAACAGCGUGCUGCUGGUGUAA